ACCCGGAAAUAUCAUCACCUUCUAUCAGCUGACUCGGUGUCAUGUGACCUACAAUGGCGGCGUGGUGAAUGGAGAAAAUACAGGAUAACAUACAAUAAAAACACAAAUAAUGACGCUUUAUCACAAUAUUUGAUCGAUUCUGUUAUACUGCACGAAGCUGAUUGUCGCUGUCUGAAAUAUAUUAGCUUUCGUUAAACCUCAGCUGCGAAUCACACGUGUGGAAAUGGGUCUAGAUCCUGCUUCUCUCCGCUUAGACCAGCAGUUACUUCAGUUUAUGGAUCAGCUUGAGAUCUUGGAGGAGAAAAGACAAAAACUUAACACGCUCAUAGAAGAGGGAUGGUUUAACAUUUCCAAGGCACGUUACUCGAUGGGGAACAAGCAUGUUUCCGCCCUGCAGUAUGCCAGUGACAUGGAGCCACUUGUACAUGUUUAUGAAAGCCAGACAGAAAAGGGUGAUGUGGAGUUCAAGUGUGUGCGAACAGAAGACAAAGCAGAAGAACUCAGAGAGAGUGAUACAGUAGAGACCAUAGGGCCAACAGAGGGAGGCCUUAGAAGGCGGGUAAACGUUAAAAAGAAAGAAAAUAAGGAAGAAAAAGACACUUCUAAAGAUGAAUGUGAGAAGGAUCCUCAGUUUAACUCAACGAGUGAGAAAUCUCCAUGUCGACAUCAAGAUCCUCUGAAAUGGUUUGGGAUCCUUGUCCCACAAAACCUUAAGCAAGCUCAGACAGCUUUUAAAGAAGGUUGGGGGCACUCUCUGAAGUUAGCAGUGCACCUGUCUGUUCAUAUGGAUCAUUACUCUAGCAGCUGAGAUCUCAACCCUGCAGAGUGCGAUUGUGAAAACUAGAUUGGAGAUGCAGUCUCAGAUGAAGGAUAAACAGAAGAUUGUCUCUGAAUUGAAAGAAUAAUGCAUCAUACAUGAGUGUUUAGUUUGUUUUUCCUAAUUUUAUAUUUAUUUCUCAGAUGUUGUACCAGUCCCUUUUAUGUACUACAAUGUGAGUGAUUCUUAACUUGGGGGAAAAAAGAAUAAAUCUUGUAAUAAGCUUUUUAAUGCAGUAAUAAAUUGUGGUUAACAAAUGCAUGUUUACACAGCUACCCAUUUACCUGUCAAUCAGCUACAGCAGUGAAAAAUAGUAAGAAACCUUAAUUUAAAACUUUUUUCAUACUUAAUUUUGCUAAUUGUUACAUUUAAAAUGAGGGUUUCUAAAGUUUUCCUAAACUUUGCUUUUCCAUUUGAAAUUUGGUAGAUGUUGUACAUUUGUGUAAAUGAAGUAAGUCACAAUUUAUGCAUCCACAAAUAGAAAAUGCAAUUGGAAAUACAAUUUAUAAAUAGAAAAUAGUCUGGAAAAUACUUCCAUAAUCAGUGUUUAUGAUAAAUAAAUGUAAAAGGUAUUAAAUUAUUUUAGUGUUAUUAAAGACAAUGAAAUAUCA